UCAAGGGUUGCCGCUGUCAUUGGUGCUUAGCUUGCGGCCCUCGCGAGGUCAUGACGGUCACAUUUCUCACCUGUUUAUUGCUCUUUGUAUUCGAUGGUUUACAGUCAUCAUAUGCUAACUACAUAUACACUUACGCAUACGAGUCAAAGGUCAAAGGGUUACAGAAAUACGAAGGUGCCGUUCUUGAUGCUUGCUUCUGG